AUGGCAAAAUUCUCCACCAACAAUCAGGUCUCAGCAUCCACCAAGGUCACACCAUUCUUCACGAACUAUGGUUUCCAUCCCCGGUUUACACUGACGAUUAAAUCGCUUGUCAGGACCCCACCGAGCCUCAAUGCUAAAGACUUCGCCCCGAAGAUGAAAGAACUCCAUAAACACCUACGUUUCAAUAUCCAUACGGCGUAA